AGUUACGGCGAUCGAGCUCCCGAGCCCUCCCACUUGCGAGCCUUUUCGGCUUCGCGCCUUUUUCUUUUUCUUCCGAAAUUGCGCCUUCCGUUUUCGCGGAAGAAAAAGGAGAAGAAGGAGCGCGAUGGCCACUUCUGCCUGGCAGAAGAGCGUCCGCUUCUGCCUGGCAGAAGCCCUGGAGAACCUGACCGAGGAAGAGCUGAAAAAGUUCAAGGCGAACCUCAACGAGUUCCCGGUCAAGGAAGACUUCAGAAACAUCCCCCGAGGAACCCUGCAGAAGGCGGGCGCGCUCGAACUCAGCGACCUCCUGGUCAAUUACUACUGCGAGGACUACGCCGUGGAAGUGGCCGCCAGGGUGCUCUCGGACAGCAACUGCAGACCCCAAGCUCAGAAGCUUCGCAGGGACACCGGGAAAGAUGCCUGCAGUUCUGUUCAGGAACCUGUGCCCCAGAUCAGCACCCCCUCAACACAACCGGAAGUUCAGGCCCCAGGAAUGCAUUUUAUUGAACGCCAUCGGUGGGCCCUGAUUCAGAGAACAACCACAGUGGAAGAAAUUCUGGACCAGCUUUACGAAGUUAUCCUGACCCAUGAGCAAUAUGAAAGUAUCAUGGUACAGAAGACAUCUCAGGAUAAAAUGAGGGAGCUCUAUAGCCUGGUGCCUGGCUGGGAUCAGCGUUGCAAGGAUUUUCUCUACAAAGUUCUGAAGGAGAAAAGGAGACCUCUUAUUGAAGAUCUUGAAAGGCAGACGCCAUAGAAGCGAAAUACCACGUCAGGGCAUAAAAUAUCCAGCUACACAUAUAUCAUAGGAAUCCCACAGACAGAUACAUACAGGUAUAGACCACACCCACUUAAAGUCCCAAUUGAGCCCAAAAUUGAUGUUGCUAAGUGAGAAAUGGGUUAAGUGAGUUUUGCCCCCAUUUUACGGCUUUUCUUGCCACAUUUCUUAAGUAAAUCACUGCAGUUAUUACAUUAGUAACCCAGUUGUUAAGUGAAUCUGGCUUUCCCCGUUGAUUUUACUUGUAAGAAGGUCGCAAAAGUGGAUCAGAUGACAUCAGGACAAUGCAGCUGUCAUAAAUGUGAAUCCGUUGUCAAGCAUCCAAAUGUAAAUCACAUGACCCUGAGGAUGCUGCAAUAGUCAUAAAUGUGAAAAACUAUCAUAAGUCACUUUUUUCAGUGCCGCUGUAACUUUGAACAGUCACUAAAUGGACUGUUAUAAGUCAAGGACUACCUGUAGUAUCUUUGAACUGAGUAGCUCUAUUUACAAUUGUCCUGGUUACUGAAUUGUUCUAUUUUCACGAGUUGACGUAGUAUAGGUACCCUGUUUCCCCGAAAAUAAGACCCAACCGGAAAAUAAGCCCUAGCAUGAUUCUUCAAGAUGUUUGUAAUAUAAGCCCUACCCCCCAAAAUAAGCCCCAGUUAAGAUUGUCAGCCAGAUGAGUGCAUUUAGUACCGUAUUUCCCCCCCAAAUAAGACCUAACCAGAAAAUUAGUCCUAAUGCGUCUUGGAGCAAAAAUUAAUAUAAGACCCGGUCUUAUUUUCGGGGAAACACGGUAGUCCUUGACUUACAACUACAACUGAGCCCAAAAUUUCUUGUUAAGCAAGGCAGUUAUUAAGCAGGUUUUGCCCCCAUUUUAUGACAUUUUUGCCACAAUUAAGUAAAUCACUGCAGUUGUUAAA